CUUCGUCCUCUCCUUCCUCUGCUCUGCUCUCGUCGCCCUGCUCUCACACACCGACACUACACACGCUCUGCUCCGUAUCAUUGCUCUGCAAAUCUCAUAUCUCGUUAUAUACAGGCUGAACUGAUCUGCUGCGCGCGCUCUUGAGAUCGAAGCAUCCUCCAGCCGACUCUCGCCACCAUACCCGUUUCCUUCUCCUGCCCGUCGUACGCGCACAUAAACCCAGACGAUGUCAGUCGUAUCGGUACGCAGGCUCCGCAAAGAGCUCAACGACAUCCACGUCCAAGGGUGCCCGAAAGGCAUCGCUCUCCUCCAAGCCGAUGACUUUGAGACGUGGCUGCUCUCGCUCGAGGUCCUCGGCGAGAGCGUAUACGAGGGCGAGGCGUUCGCGCUCAAGUUCAGGUUCGACUCGCAAUACCCGAUCUCGUCCCCGGCUGUCCAGUUCGUGGUGAACGACCAAUACAAGGCCCCCGUGCAUCCCCACGUCUACACCAACGGCCACAUAUGCGCGUCCAUCCUCGGCAACGAGUGGUCGCCCGUCCUGAGCGUGAUCACGAUCUGCAUCUCCCUCCAGAGCAUGCUCGCGUCCUGCAAGAAGAAAGAGCUACCAGAGGGCAACGACCGCUACGUGCGCACCGCGCCAGACAACCCGAAGAAGACGCGGUGGGUAUACGACGUCGACAGCGUAUGACGCGUAUGACGCGCACGACGCACGCGCGCGCGCUGUACAUACACAUACCACGACGAUUUUCCGAAGCUGCACCCGCCCGGGCCUGUAUCACACCACACCCCCGAGUCUCGACCCGCCUUUCCUCACGCUGUACUUUAGACACGCCAUGCUGAGCGCUGAUUUCCGGAGCUCUCGAGUACGCCCGCUGCCGGUGCGCGGACGCCUCGGCGUCGGCGUCAACAAAUGCAGAGGAGGGAUAAU